UUAGGUUGCGCACAGGCUGCAGUUUCAGUUUGUUUUAUUCACCAUUUUGAGUAGCUGAAGGUAAAAUUUAAACUAAAAUCGCGUUUGGUAGACACAUCGUUCCCGUAUAUUUAGUUUCACGCAGUAGCUCGGGCGACGGAGUUGGAAGGUCUCGUUGCGCCCUUAGGAGUUGCGGAACGGGACGAUUUUGUUUUUAUUUUCCUGGAUUUCCUUUCCCCUUUCUUACAUUCUUAUCCUCUACAGUAUUUCUGCAAAAUGUCAAGACCAGUGAGGAACAAGAAGGUGGUGAAUUACUCGCAAUUCCAAGAGUCUGAUGAUGCAGAUGAGGAGUAUGGGGGGAACUCAGACAAGCCGAAGAAGCCCCGUGCAGCUCCUCGUGAGGUGAAGCGUAAGCGGUCAAAGAACUCACAGGAGGACAGUGAGGAUUCUGAUGAAAAACUCUCCAAAUCCAAAAAUGAUUCAGCAGAUGAUUUUGGUAGUGAUGAAGACAAUGACUUUGGAGAGGAGGACGACGAGGAUGGAGGCAGCGACUACGAAGCUAAACGAGGCAAAAAAGGAAAGACGGCCAAGGUGGCGAAGCCCGCUAAGAGGACGCCCAAGAGAAAACGACCUGCUGAUGACAGUGAUGAGGAAGUGAGCCGUAAGGUGCGUACAGUGCGCCAGGCUGCCACCAAGGCCGUUUCCAAACAGAGAGAGAUCCUGCUGGGUGAUGGAGGUAGUGAAGAUGAGGAACGUGAAGACCAGGAGGAGGCCCUCCCAGAUCCUGAUGAGUCAGGCAGCGAUGAAGACUUCAUGGUUGAGGAUGAUGAUGAUAGUGACUACGGCCGCUCCAAGAGCAAGAGGAGCAGCAAGAAGGUCAUCAGACGGAGCCGGCCAGAGAGGAAGGAGAAGAAAUCUCCCAAACCACGACUAAAGGCCACAGUGACCCCAAGCCCAAUGAAAGGAAAGGGUAAAGGUCGCCCCAGCGCCGUAAAGGCCCAAGAGAAGAGCUCGCCGAAAGAGGAGGAAGAGGAGGAACCAGAAAGCCCUCUGGAAGAGGAAGAAGAGGAGGUGGUGAAGAAGGACUCCUCCCUGACUCCCAAGAAAACAAAGGAGGCACCCGGGGUAGAGAAGAAGGAAAAGGAAGAGGAGGAGGAAGAGGAGGAAGAGGAAGAGGAGGAUGGAUCAGAAGAGGAUGCACCCUCUGGCGAAGACUAGACAACUACCCACAGAAGUCCCCCCCUUCCCCCCACUAUCUCCUUACCUUCUCACAGUUUGGUUUUGGUUUAGAGGGUUUUCUUUUGGUUUCUGUGGUGGCCUGGCUCAAUGGUUUGAACCUCAUGUGGUUUUGUUUAGUGUUUGUUUUUGUCCUCCCUCCCCAGGCUUUCCCUGAUGUCUGACGAAGACAGUGUCUGUGUGCAUCAGAACAUGUAUGCUAUCUGAGGAGGGAUGGAAGGAAAGAACAAGUGAGAUUUGACUCUGUGUGAACGUGUCCAUUCCUCCAUCCCUGUUCCUGCUUCUCCACUACGCUUCCGCUGGCUCACCUUUCCUCUCCUUUUUCAUCUCUGCAGUGACUGCAUUAGUAUUUCCUACAGGAGUUUGUGUGGAUCUCAGAAUUGUUUCUUUAGGCGUUGUUUAUUUGCCUUUGGGAGCUCCGUGCUAGUGGACAUCCAUCCUCAACAGUCGCUUUGAGUGUAGUCGCUAGUUCUCUCCUACAGGCUGGUAGCUGUGUGUACAAGUGAGCCUUCUAUUUAAAAAGAAAAUCGAAACAAAAAAAAAAAAUUCUACAGCUUUCCUUUCUUGUUCGAGUUCUACAUUCCCCCUCCCCUCAAGUAAUCACUGGUCUAACAAUACUGAAGUAAAAGCUUUGUAGUGUAACACUGGCUUUUGUCUAUCCAGUAGUGUUAGAUCAGUUAUUGCUACCUGAGCUCUGGGUUUGUUAAGCCAGUCUGGGUUAGUGUCUCCCUCUGUUGUGGUUUCUCAGUGGACUGUCAUUGUCCAAUCAAAGCACUGCUUAUUCACUGCAACACUAGCCAUUGGUCCAGUCACAGCGAGCCACACUGUAGACUCCUGAGGGAGGAUAUGAUGUCAGUGUGUUAACGCUUAAUUUUAUUUCCCUGUUGUAUUUAGAUUGUCCUCACAGAGGUCCUGGACUCACUAACCCCAUAGUGCUGUGCAGAACAACACCUCUUUUUAAACUUUCUCAAACACAUUUUAAAAGGAUGAUUUUACGCUUUAAUGUGAAAUUAUAUUUGUCUCCCCCCUCCUGUCCCAGUUCUCAUACGGCCAUACCUCUGAAUAGGUGGUCAUGCCUCCUUUGGAGGUCUGGAGAAGUUUAUAUAUGCCAAAACUAUUUGAAAGGUCCAUUGGCUGUCAGCAGCUACAUUUUUAUUGGAUAUUAUGUUUCAAGAACCCUCCACAAAAUUGCUAUUGAAGAAGUGCUGCAUGUUGGGCUCUGCCAUAGCAAGGCUUUUGAUUGGUUUGAUAGGUUGCAAGUCUUCACUGAUGUACACCAGGCCUUCAUCCCCUUUUUGCUAUUUCAGGCAGAGAUUUCACCAGGCUUAUUGUUUAAGCAAGCUUUGUUCUCAACUAGGCUAUAUUCCCUCCUGUUCAAUGAGGUUAUGCCCUGGUUCAGUGUCAAGGACCAUCAGUUUAACACAUACAGGAAACUUGUAUUUUGUUAUUGACUGUGUUGCGGUUCAGUGUUGUGCUCUAUGGACCAGAGUUAAACACGACUGCUUUGGAGCAGCAGUGUGGUAUUUGCUUUAGAGUGUGCUCUGAGCUUCUGCCAUGAGCUGCAUAUGGUUAAUCUGGUCAUGGAAGCCGGUUCUAAGUCAGCCCUAAGAGUUGUUUCUAAGUGUUUGAUGUCUGCUGGUAAUACCAUAGUGUGUGUGCGCAAUGGAGGGUUUAAAGUUUUCUGACCCUAGACCCUCUAGUUCCUAUGGUUUGUGUUUAAGAAAAGUUGGACCUUUGGAUGGCUCUGUGCUGAGCAUGACACUACCUUGGCGUGGCCAGAGCUUUAUUACUCAACCCUUUGUGCCAGGCAUCCUCAAUCUAUUUUUUUUUUCUUUUUUUUUUUUAUUGAAACCAAGUUUUUGUUUUUUUUCUUGUCCCAAAAUUGAAUGUUUUUUGUUGGUUUGUUUUAAUUCUCUAUUCAGAUUUUUUUGUAAUGUUUGUUUUUUAAGAAAAGAAAUAAAAUGUAUCUUGAUUUUAAAAAGAAAAAUCGACCCUAUCCAUCUGUUUUUCUGCUGUUUUGGACAGACCAAGGAGAGCAGACCCUGCUAUUCCUCAUUUUGAUUCUCUCUUGCUCUCUUUCUCUCUUCCCCUCAGACACAACCUAAAUGCAUAUAAUGUUCUGCUCUAUAGCUCUCCUUCACAACCAAGAAACACGUGCUGUAUUUUCCCUACUCUGCAAAUGGGAGUAUACAAGGGCAGAAGGGAGAGAGAGAUCCUGAAAUGAGUGCAAUAGUGGGAUUUAGUGUGACUUGCCUGGGUUGAAAAAUACUUUUAACCGAACCAAUGGUUUCAAGCAUUCAUGGUUAAAUGCGCUCAUUAUUGUUUUCACUGAGAAUUAAAGCUACUAGUUAUGAAGACUAGUUUGGAUAAAUAGUUUUGGAUCUGUUUCUUAUUGCCUUAUUUCCAUGUUCCUGCUGAACCAAAUGAGCGCUGGUAUAGUGUUAGACAGGGGCACAGGAAGUUGCCUGACAACUCAUCCUGAUUUUAAUUUGGCUGCUCUGAUGAUGCUACAUUUGACCCGCGCAAUAUGUAUGGGUAGCCAGGCAAGACGUGAUGGAACAUUUAGGGUGAUUUAAUUUGAGUACUAAACUGAUACUUAGACUUGGGCACAGUUUUUUUUCCUACCAAAUUUCUUCCCAGCCUACAGGAUUGUUUGGGGCUUUAGGGGGCAGGAAUGGAAUUCAGCAAAUGACCAACUGAAGCCAUAUCUGACAGAAAAAAGGAUGAGGAAGGGACUCUGUCAUCAAAGAAAAUAAUAAAAUAGAAGACAACUGACCAAGAUCAAAGCUAUCUAUUCCGUGGAGGUGUGUGUUCCUGUUUUAUUCUCUUACAAUCGUAACAAAAGGAAAAUCAUGCCACGGACAUUUGGCUGGUCCUCACUUCUAAAAGUAGUUAUCAGACUUGGGGUUACGUUUAGGCAUCACAAUGUUUUGGAGCUAGGGUUAGGUUAAGUUCAGGCAUAAAUGCUGGUAAGGCCAGGUUAAUUUAUUUUAAUCAUACUAAAUUGCUGGUCCUGACAUGUGCAUGUGUAGUACAUGCACGCUAUAUUUUAGCCGAUUUGUCAGGAUCAUGAUUUGUUUACACCUGUUAACAACCCCAAGACUGCAAAUGCGUGUUUUAGAGACGUUCUGCAGACUCAAAGUGAACCUUGGUUCUGGUCAACUCACCUUUCCUGACUGCAGUUGAGAACUGGUUGUAUGCCUGUUUUCAAACUAACAUUCAGUCACUUUCACCCCAAGAACAUCUGAUAAUCUUUAGGUGUUAGCAAUGUUGUUUUAUGACAAAAGCCAACGCUAAUGAACCAUAUUGCUUAUCGUUUCAAUCCUAUGCUUUAUGCAGAAAAUGGGUUUAGCUUGGGUUAGGAGUAUAUUUUCAUUGGUUAUUUUAAAUAUAGGGCUUCUGUCAUGAUCCUGCAUGGCGCUGAAUGCUUGUAUGGGGUUUCUGUGUCCAGGGCAGCAGGGGCUUCCAUAGAAUAUUCUUGACAUAGGGCUGAGGUCCAUACUGCAGGGCUUAUUUUAUGCGAGAACUGAAUGACUCAUGUCACUGGUCGGCUAGAAAGCCCCCUUACCUGGUGUGACCAGUUCUGAAUCACUCCCUUAUUUGGGGAAGAAUAAGAAGCAGCAGUGCUGCGGACCUCCAUGCCCAGUUUUACAUGAAGACAUGACCAUGAUACACAACUCUUUCACAUUCUUCAAUAUCCCAGCAUUUGUAUUGCUUUUAAUUUGGUUUUUCUAUGUAUCUUAAAUUGUACUAGCAAUGUAAAUGUAAGCAAAAUUGUGAUUCUUACAGGUGAUUGCGCCAAGAAGCUUUUGUCAAUGGUGUGGAAAGGGAACGCUGAACUGUUGAAAUAUUUGCAUGUUGUUGAAAAGUAAGCAGUGAUGAUGAUGGUAAUGAUGAUGACGACAGUAUUGUGGUCUUAAGUAUUAAUGACAACAAUGAUGUUGAUGAUGUUUUGGUUUCCCAGCUUCUAAUAAAGGCAAACUACUUUUUAUAUGGUU